GGAGCGGGCGCAGCGAGCUGAGACAGACCGAGUGACAGCGCCUGAGUCCCGGGGAAGAAGCUCACGGAGUCUCCGUGAAAAAACGUGCCUACAGCACAGUCAAGAUGCCGAACAAAACCAAGAAGGAGAAGGAAACAACCAAAGGUGCUAAAAGCAGCAUGAAGAACAGUACAAGCAGCGGCGGUGGUGGUAGCGGCGGCAGCGGGGGGAAAGAUGCUGCUGUUGCUGCGGAGAACUCAGACGAGUCCCAGCAGCAGCAGAGUGGCAGUAAGCGUCCCAGUAACAGCACGCCUCCGCCCACUCAGCUCAACAAGAUCAAAUACUCUGGAGGUCCUCAGCUGGUGAAGAAGGAGCGCCGCCAGAGUUCAUCUCGCUUCAGCCUGACCAAGAACAGAGAGCUGCAGAAACUACCUGCGCUCAAAGACUCGCCCCUGAUGGAGCGUGAGGAGCUGUUUGUGCAGAAGCUCCGUCAGUGCUGCGUCCUGUUUGACUUUGUCAGCGACCCGCUCAGUGACCUCAAGUACAAAGAGGUGAAGAGGGCGGGGCUCAACGAGAUGGUGGAGUACAUCACACACAACAGUGACGUGGUGACCGAGUGCAUCUACCCCGAGGCCGUCCUCAUGUUUUCAGUGAACUUGUUCCGGACUCUUCCUCCGUCCUCCAAUCCGACCGGAGCUGAGUUUGAUCCUGAGGAGGACGAACCAACGCUGGAGGCUGCCUGGCCUCACCUGCAGCUCGUCUACGAGUUCUUCCUUCGCUUCCUGGAGUCUCCAGACUUCCAGCCGAACAUUGCCAAGAAAUACAUCGACCAGAAGUUCGUCAUGUCGCUAUUGGAGCUGUUCGACAGUGAGGAUCCCCGAGAGAGAGACUUCCUGAAGACCAUCUUACACCGCAUCUACGGCAAGUUCCUCGGCCUCCGCGCCUACAUCCGCCGCCAGAUCAACAACAUCUUCUACAGAUUUAUCUAUGAGACCGAACAUCACAAUGGCAUCGCUGAGCUGCUGGAGAUCCUGGGGAGCAUAAUCAACGGCUUCGCUCUCCCUCUGAAAGAAGAACACAAGAUGUUUCUGAUCCGAGUUCUGCUGCCGCUGCACAAAGUCAAGUCUCUCAGCGUCUACCACCCACAGCUGGCGUACUGUGUGGUCCAGUUCUUGGAGAAAGACAGCAGCCUGACGGAGCCGGUGAUCAUGGGUCUGCUGAAGUUCUGGCCAAAGACUCACAGUCCGAAGGAGGUGAUGUUCCUGAACGAGCUGGAGGAGAUCCUGGACGUCAUCGAGCCGUCAGAGUUCGUGAAAGUUCAGGAGCCGCUCUUCAGACAGCUCGCCAAGUGUGUGUCCAGCCCACACUUUCAGAGCAAUAAGCUCCACCCCCUCCGCCCUGGGCUCCACCCACAGGAAGAGUACAUGUUGUACAGCGACAGCUCCGUGGCCGUGUACUCGAUGGAGACGGAGACUCCGACGGCUGAAGACAUCCAGCUGCUGAAGAAGACUGUGGAGAGCGAAGCCUCGCAGGGUCUGAAGGACCUGAAGAAGGACAAAGUCCUGAUGAGGAGGAAGUCGGAGCUGCCGCAGGACGUCUACACCAUCAAAGCUCUGGAGGCUCAUAAGAGAGCUGAGGAGUACCUGACAGCCAAUCAGGAAGCUCUCUGACCAGGGGGGGCGGUCCCUUCUGAGCCUGACUCUCUCUGAUUGGAGGAAGCUGUGCUGGGGUCGGAUGAGGGCGGAGCUGACGCUGCGUUCAAAGAACAAAAACAACCGUCUGACCCCUGGUGGUCCAGAACAUGUAGGACACUGUGUAGACGUCCGUCCCGCGUCCUGUCUCAAACUGUGUCAUCUGUACCUGCAUCUCAACGCCGCCAGGUGACCGCAACGCUGCCCUGGACACGCACAGACUGACAGUCCCUGAACGCAUCACCAACAGGACUUUUCCACAGCGGGAACUCGGCGAGCUGUGAAGGAACGCGUCGUCUCAGUUUCUGCUGCGGUUCCACUGUGUUCUACCAGAACAACUUCACUGCUUUAAAUCUGAAACAUCUUUAUUUCUCCAGGUUUUUAUUUUCUCAAAUUCUCUGCAAUGCUCAAACGUUAAACUCCGUCACAGUCCUCGGAACAUUUAAUCCCUUCAAUCUAAAACCAAUCAGCUGCUCUACUUUACGACUCUGAAAUGUAAAGAUACAGACUGUCAGACGAAUCAAGAUCAUAAUGAAACAAACACCAGUUUAAUCCUCAGCAACAGAGCCGUUCAGGUUACGUUGGUAUUUACAGAAACGCUGUUUAUUUCCUGUCCACAGUUUUUAUCCCGACCGAAUGCUGCCGAAAUAUUUUCUGUUAAAGACGUGACGUUUAUGUCUCCUCUGUUUCUGCUUUAAAUGAAUUCAUACUGACAUGUAAAAAAAAAAAAAAACAACCUAUCAGCUGCUUCCUGUCGCCUGCUCACUGUCGAAAGCCUGAAAUGUUCUGGUUUGUAAAACAGAGUUACGCAGCAGGACCCUGCUGGUUCAUACCGGUUCUGACUGGUUCUUACUGGUCUCAGGUUGUUGUGUUCCUGCUGUGGAAAAGAGCUCCGACACAUCACGUCUGUCCCGUGACACCUGAAGGCAGCACAGAUGAGUUCACUGACUCGCUCCAACAGCCACUUCACUCCAGAGCCCCGCCCCCUUCACCUGACCCAACCAAUCACCUCUCAGCACGGACCUGUGGUGGACUCAUGACUGAAGCAGCUUCAGAUGGACUGUUGAUGGUGAUGAUGAUGAUGAUGAUGGUGGUGGUGGUGACGAUGACGAAGAGACAUAGUGAAUGUAGACACCCAAUCAGCAUCCAGCUGGUCACCCGACAGAACAGACCUUUGAGUCCAACGUCAUUUAUUUGUUUUAUUUUAAUGUUCGUCGGUCGUACGGAGGAAAAGAAACAACUCAACUGUCAACACAGAAAAAAGUUUCAAAAAAUACCAAAAUCAAUAAAUAAAAUGUUGAAAUAAAUAAAUAAAAAUAAAUAAAUAAAUCAAAGCUGAUCAUUAAACUGAACUGAAAUGAAA